AUGAUUCGCAUAACGAAUUCCGGCUACAAAACGUCAAUGAAGUUUCUUUACAGUUACGGCGGAAAGAUUCUGCCACGUCAGAUUGACGGCAAGCUCCGAUACGUUGGCGGUCACACUAGAGUUCUCACCGUCGACUGCACCGUGACGUACUUGGACUUGAUCUUUAAGUUUUGGGAAGCGUGUGGAUUCACCGGUGAUUUGAAGUGUAAGCUUCCUUCAGAAGAUCUCGACAUGCUUGUGUCUGUCACUUGUGAUGAGGAUCUUGCUGCCGUCGUGGAGGAAUACGAUCGAGUAUCUCCUGACGCGAAGAUUAGAGUUGUACUUUGUUCUCUCAACUCGGCAAAGACGAUUGCUACUGCUCUAGCCGUUGAAUCACUCUUCAAAUUUUCUGCCUCGAAACUGCCGCAGUACCCUGUAGUUGCUAAUUCUGCCAUCCGAAAAGCAACGCGACAAUGCCAUGUGGUUGAUUUUGCAGCUUACUAUACUCGUGUCGGAUCUUGA